CGCCUCACCUGCCGCAGGUGUGCCGCUCGGCGGGGCCGCCCCAGCGCUGAGUAGAGCGGGGCGAGGCCGGGGCCGGCAGCAUGAAUAACCCUAUACCUUCCAACUUGAAGUCAGAAGCUAAAAAGGCAGCUAAAAUAUUACGAGAAUUUACAGAAAUAACUUCCAGAAAUGGACCUGAUAAAAUCAUACCUCCCCAUGUGAUAGCUAAAGCCAAAGGCCUUGCAGUUUUGUCUGUUAUCAAAGCUGGAUUUUUGGUGACUGCUCGAGGUGGAAGUGGAAUUGUAUUAGCUCGUCUUCCUAAUGGCACCUGGUCUGCUCCUUCUGCAAUAGGAAUUGCUGGCGUUGGUGGUGGUUUUGAAAUUGGAAUUGAGGUUUCAGACUUAGUAAUAAUAUUGAAUCAUGAGAGAGCAGUAGAAGCUUUUGCCAAAGGAGGGAAUCUUACACUUGGAGGUAAUCUGACUGUGGCAAUUGGACCUCUGGGAAGAAAUUUAGAAGGGGAUGUUGCACUGAGAAGCUCGGCUGCUGUGUAUACAUAUUGCAAAUCUCGAGGACUGUUUGCAGGUGUAUCUCUGGAAGGAACCUGUUUAAUUGAAAGGAAAGAAACCAAUCGCAAGUUCUAUGGGCAAGAUAUACGUGCUAGUGCCAUCCUGUUGGGUGAUGUUCCUUUUCCUGCUCAAGCAGAAGAUCUUUAUGAAACUCUAGCAUCCUUCACUGAAGUGUAUGAAAAUGAAGAGCAGAGAAAUAAUCCAGGAAAAGCUGUAAAUGACCCACCUGGUAGACCAUCGAGACCCGAACCGCAUAAACCUUCUGUUAGGCCAACGCCAGCAGCUAAAAAGAACUCAAACAAGCUUUAUCCUGAACUUCCAAGUGAUUAUGCCUCUCUGAGUAACUCCACAAGCCAUCCAGUAGAAGUAACAGCACUUUAUUCAUUUGAAGGACAACAGCCAGGUGACUUGACUUUCAAAGCUGGGGACAAAAUCAUAGUCACAACCAAAACAGGCUCACAGUUUGAUUGGUGGGAAGGAAGAAUAGGAGGACAAACUGGCAUCUUUCCAGCCAAUUAUGUUGCCAUAAGUAAUGACUAAAUCGAUAGAGAAAAUGUUGAAGCAAAAAUAAAUUUACACUGAAACAUGUAUUUAAACUUUUCACAUUUUAGCUAAAUGAGGUUCUUGGUCAAGACUAUUCCAGCGUAACAUUGAAAUACAUUUAAUGGCCUUAGCUUUCCCUUAAGCUUAUUUCUUAAAUAAAUAUUAGGUGAUGGUCAAUUUAUGGUGAAGUUUCACUUUUGAGUCAUGUUGCUGUAUGAAAAGUACUCCCAUUUGUUUCUAGUUUCAAUUCUGUCAUGCUGCAUACUUUUAUUUUUCAAAUGAGGGAAAAGUUACAAACAUUUUAAAACUAGAUAUGUCUCUUUCUGU